AUGGAGUUACAUUCGACUGCUAAAAUAGAUGCUUUAUCUGAUAGUUGGGAUGAAGACGAGACAGGAGUAACUUUGAAUGUUUAUGAACUUCGGUUUACAUCUCGAUCCAAUAAUGAUAAGACAUAUUCAAAUUUUGCCUUUUUGAUGAAAUCUGAAUUGGAUGAUGACAUUACAAACACAGAAAUAGAUUUGUUUGUAACUACAGAUAAGAUUGUUAAUUCAGAAUUUUUGCCAAGAGGACAAAUGACUUUGGAUUUAACUCAGAUGAAGAAUGCGAAAGAUUUUCAAGAAAUAAUUUUCAAUGGAAUUUUUGGAAAUCUAAGGAAUAAGAAAAAAUUCACUGAAAAGAAAAAUCUAUGGUGCAGUUCCUAUAUGUACUUAAUUUUGCCCUUAGAAUCAGAUAAGUCUGGUGUAAGUGUUAUUGACUGGAAAUGCAUUGAAACAUGUGCAUCAAGAGCUAGAGAAUUUAAAUCACUUUCAACUAUUUCAGAAGAGGACUAUAGUACCAUUGAUAUUGAUAAUAUAAAAGAGGCUCCUAUGGGAGGAACAAUACAUUUGCAUAGCCAAGGGGAAUCACAAAUUUUGAUUCUGGCAAGUGGCAUUUGUGAAUCUUCAAAUUUGAUAAGUAAAGCGGUACUUACUGUUCAUAAUGGAAUGCUUUACCAAGUGGUGGAAAUUAUCCAUGAAAAAACUGCUGAGAGUCCUUUCCCUUUGAAAAAAGAUACUCAACAACGUUAUGAUAACUACAGUCAAUAUUUUGAGAAAAGGCAUGGAAAGAAACUUGAGUAUUCAAAUCAACCACUUCUUAGGGUGAAGCAUGCUAAGCAACCUCGUAAUUUUCUUACGAAACACCAAGUACAGCCAGUUGAGAAUGAAGGAACAUUUGUGGAGCUUCCUCCAGAGUUGUGUUUGAAUUUGGAUGUUUCAAGCUCUGUUAUGAAGUCAUUGUGUUUGGUUCCAUCUGUGAUGCGUCGCCUCAUUUCGUUAAUGCUUGCAAGCCAACUCAAUAAAACAAUCAGAGAAGAACGCCCAGAAUGUCCCCCUGUGUCCUUACAACUGAUAAUGGAAGCAAUCACAUCGCAUAAAUGUUUAGAGUGUUACUCAUACGAGAGGUUGGAAUUAUUGGGUGACUCAUUUUUGAAAUAUGCCACCAGUCUGCAUCUUUUUAUGAAAUAUGAAAAUGGAGAUGAAGGAGAGUUAUCAUCUCGUAGAGCUGUGGCAGUUUGUAACAAAACUCUUCAUGGUUUGGCACUGCAUCGUAAUUUACAGGGGUAUAUUAUAGAUGAGCAAUUUGAUGUGCGCAAAUGGGUGGCUCCUGGAUUAUUUUGUAGAAGUAUUGUUCCCUGCUCUUGCAACUUAGAAGAUCCUAACAGCCUUCAAACAGGAAAAGUUUGUGAUAAGGGACAUCGAUGGAUUCAUUCAAAAACAAUAUCAGAUGUUUUGGAGGCAUUAAUUGGAGCACAUUUAAUUGGAGGGGGUACAAAGGCAGCCCUUGAGUUCAUGAGGUGGAUGAACAUAGAGGUUGACAUUGAAGACAAAUCAAUAGAUAUUGCAUGCAAUCGCUCUUUUGAUUAUCCUAGUGCUUUGGAAACAAAUUUGGAUGAAUUGCAAUCCCUCCUAGAUUACCAAUUUAAGAACAAACAUCUCUUAGUGGAAGCACUCACACAUGCUUCAGCAAAUGGAGGAUGUUCCUACCAGCGGUCAGAAUUCCUUGGCGACUCUGUGCUGGAUCUGCUUAUUACUCAGCAUCUGUAUUCAACAUACCAAGAAUCAUCCCAGGGAACAUUAUCAGAUUUACGGCAGGUAGCUGUUAAUAAUGAGAAGUUUGGUCGAGCAACAGUCAACCAUAAUAUUCACAACUAUAUUCGUCACAAUUCAGAUGACCUACAAAAUCAAAUAGCAAAUUUUGUUCAAAAAUUUAAACAACGUAGAGGUGAUGAUUGCCCGUUUGGAGGAGGAAUGCAUGCUCCCAAGGUGCUAGGAGAUAUAUUAGAAAGCAUUUCCGGUGCAAUAUUAGUGGAUACUCAACUUGAACUAGAUAUUGUGUGGGAAAAAAUAAAACCCAUUUUGUCUCCUAGUACGGGAAAAAAUAAAACCAUUGAAUUGCAACCAGUACGGGAAUUGCGUGAGCUCUGUGAUCAGCAACAUUAUAAUUACAGCUCGGACAUCACUAAGAAAGAGAAUGUUAGUGUGGCCACUGUACAAAUACAGAUCGAGAUAUGUGGAGAAGGUUCAGACACGAAUAAGAAGUCUGCACAAAUUAAAGCUGCCAAACAUGCGUUGGCACAGUUAAAGGCAAUGGGAAUAUAUCAUGACCGUCAUACCCAUGUCCAAAGUUCAAUGGAUGCGACUGGGAACGAAGCUCCACAUGGAUCCAAUCUCAUUGCUCAAGAAAAAAUGAUAAUUGCUAGGAGUCCACAUGGGGAUAUAGAAAGUGAUCGGCCAAAGAAGAGGACCAAAGCUAGAAAGAUAUCAGUGAAUUCCUUAAUACCUGAAGAUCAUAUUGGUGAUGGAAAGGACGUUCCUAUAACGCACAAUUCCGGAGGUGGUCUCAUAAUUACAAAUGAGGAUGUAGAACGCAAUCAUCCAAAGAAGAGAGCGAAGAAAGAGUGUUCCCUCCCAGUACACAUUUUGCUCAGUUCGCAACAAGGUAGUUAUAGAUGCAAUUUGUAUCAAUUGUGUCAAAAGAUGCAUUGCAUGGAACCUCAAUUUACACUGGUAGAAGAAUCGGACAUGCCUCACAAAGCAAGGUUUGUAUUCAAAGUUGAGCGGGCUGCAAGUUUUAUUCAUACCCAGAGAAGCGUUGGAGCUGUGUUUUUUUUAAUUUGGUGGAGUCACUAUGGUGUUUGGGACCCACCACGGUGUGGGGUUCCCAUGCAUGGUGAGAGGCUCUCCCACGUGGGAUGGGGGCCAUCCACUACGUGGGGUGGUCACCCAUGCCUUCUAUAUGCUCUGCAAGCCGCCAUUCUGCUUUGCACUCCUAGCAAAUUGGCUGUGCUUCCAACCAAUUAG